AGACUUAUGACUGCAGAAUAAUUUGUUUUUAUAGGAAAUGCUGUGAAAAUCUCCUUGGUUUGUUAAAGAUCACUCAGGAAACAUUAAGUUAAUGGGAAGGCAAAUCAAUUGACUUCAACUGCAUCUGUUAAAGUUUACAGGUGUGCCUUGAUGUAGUUGAAUGUUAGAAAUGUGUAAAUCUACAAUACAGAGUGAUUUGUCGAAUACACUAACAAUGAAGAUUAAUUAGCUUGUUUAUGAAGACAACAGUGAUGCAUAAAAAAAUUACUUUUGAUUAACUGUUUAAGUAGUUUGUGAUGUAUGUUAACAUCCCCCAUGCUUAACAUACUCAGACUGCUCACUGCCUUAUAAGAGUUCGCGCAUGCGCUAAGCAGACACCGCCCGCUCGCUCGUCCGUUAUAGAGCGCGCAGUGUGAAGCGGGAGUUACACAGAGAGAGAUGUAGUGGAUACAGCAGUGAAGGAGAGGAAGAUUCCCGUUUUCCAUCAGUUUGUGAGUGUGUAGUGGCUGCAGUCGUGUGAUUUUGCUUCAUUUGCUGCUCACACGAUCGUUGUUCCUGCAUGUGAGAAAUCUCCGUGGAGAAUUGAGAGCAAACUACUGGAGACUGAGCCUAUAAAUACUGGAAUAUUCCCAUCAGUCUACAAGUGAGGACGAGCAUCAGACCUUCAGACAGAAGUCAAAUCUGAGUUUAUUGAAGGACAGUGGGAAGAUGAGUGAUCCAGAACCCUGCAGAAUUACAGAUGAAGACACUGAAGAACAAACAGAUCUUAUUGAAGAGAGUGAGGAGAGUGAAGAUGAUGAACUCCUAAAAGCUGAGAAAACACAGACUGAAGAUGCUUUAAUGCAAAGAGACAAGAAUCAAUUGACCUGCAGUCAGUGUGGGAAGAGUCUGGCAAGCAAAAAGAGCCUUAAUGAACACAUGAUGAUCCACACUGGAGAGAAACCAUUCACAUGCACUCAGUGUGGGAAGAGUUUCAGACACUCAUCAUCCCUUUAUAAACACUUGAAGAUCCACACUGGAAAGAAAAACCACAGAUGUGAUCAAUGCAGCAAAACAUUUUUGAGGGCGUCAGGGCUGAAACUCCAUCUCAGAACUCAUACAAAGGAGAAGCCUUAUUCAUGCUCUGAGUGUGGAAAGAGUUUUACAGAGAAGUCAUAUUUAAGGCUCCAUCAGAAGAUCCACACUGGUGCAAAAGAGUAUAUGUGCUUUGAGUGUGGGAAGACUUUUAUUACAGCUGAGCAUCUGAAACAGCACCAGAGGAUCCACACUAAAGAGAAACCGUACAAGUGUUCACACUGUGAUAAGAGAUUCAGUCAGGUAGCAUAUCUCAAAUCACAUGAGAGGAUUCACACUGAAAAGAAACCAUUCACAUGCACUCAGUGUGGGAAGAGUUUUAGACACUCGUCAUCCCUUAAGGAACACAUGAGGAUUCACACUGGAGAGAAACCGUACAAGUGUUCAUACUGUGAUGAAAGAUUCAGCCAGUUAGCAUGUCUGAAAUCACACAAGAGGAUUCACACUGGAGAGAAACCAUUCACAUGUACUCAGUGUGGGAAGAGUUAUAGACUCUCAACAUCAUUGAGAAAACACAUGAUGAUCCACACGGCAGGGAAACCAUUCACAUGCAGACAGUGUGGGACGAGUUUCAGACUCUCAUCACACCUUAACAAACACAUGAGGAUCCACACUGGAGAGAAACCAUUCACAUGCACUCAGUGUGGGAAGAAUUUCAGACUUUCAGACUCCCUUAAAGAACACAUGCUGAUCCACAAUGGAGAGAAAACCCACAGAUGUAAUGUGGGAAGAUUUGAGGGCGUCAGCGCUGAAACUCCAUCUCAGAACUCAUUCAAAGGAGAAGCCUUAUUCAUGCUCUGAGUGUGGAAAGAGUUUUACACAGCCGGCAAGUUUAAGAUCACAUCAGAAGAUCCACACUGGUGUAAAAGAGUAUAUGUGCUUUGAGUGCGAGAAGACUUUUAUUACAGCCAGACGUUUGAAAGAGCAU